AUGAGUGACCGAAAGGAUUCCCAGAUGUCUCCUCGUGAUCGCGAAAGGGAGCGCGAUCGGAGUCGACGUCCCACUAGGUUUUCUGAUGCCGGAGGCAGUGGCAAUGAUUCAAAUGGACGCGACCGGAGCCGUGAGCGCCGAGGUCCCGGAAAUCGCAUUUAUGUGUCUAACAUUCCAUACGAGUAUCGAUGGCAGGAUCUCAAGGAUUUGUGUCGUGACAUCGUUGGGGAUGUGAAUUUCGUGGAGCUCUUCAAUGAUGAGCAUAACAAGCCACGUGGAUGUGGCAUUGUCGAAUUCAAGACCAAUGAUUGCGUGGGCAAAGCCAUGGAAAAACUCAAUCGAUACGAGAUCAAUGGUAGGCACUUGGUAGUAAAGGAGGACUACGGUGAUGAACGUGAUGAAUAUGGUCGUGUAAUCCGCGGAGGUGGUGGUGGAGGAGGCGCUAACCGGGAUCCAGCUGGACCAAACCGGGGCGGAGGAGGAGACUACAGGAGGGAUCGUGACGAUGACAGGCCACGUCACAGUAGCAGUCACGCCAACGAUUAUGACGGACCCUACAACACCUAUGGUUUGAGUACGUCGUUCUUGGAGGGUUUGGGUAUAUUCGGACCACUUCAUACUAAAGUGUUUGUUGCUAAUUUGGACUACAAGGUUGACGCGAAGAAAUUGAAGCAAGUAUUCAAGCUAGCUGGUCGCGUUGUGAGUGUUGAUUUAUCAACAGAUAAAGAUGGCAAUAGUCGUGGUUUUGCUGUUGUCGAGUAUGAUCAUCCGGUUGAGGCGGUUCAGGCUAUUUCAAUGUUGGAUCGCCAGAUGUUGUUUGAGCGUAGGAUGACGGUUCGUUUGGAUCGUGUGCCGGAUAAGAAUGAGGGCGUAAAGUUGCCAGAAGGUCUUAAGGGGAUUGGAAUUGGUUUGGGUCCCAAUGGUGAGCCAUUGCGUGAUGUUGCACGCAAUUUGCCCAAUUCGCAGCAGCAGCAGAAUCCAACACAGCAAAAUAAUACUCCGGUGCCUGUGGCACCGCCAAAUAAUCUCAGUUCAUCGAGUCUGCUGGGUCCGGUGCCCAAUAAUAAUGCCCUCAGUGGAUUGAGUUCGAAUUUGGCGGCACUCAGCAAUGUUGUCAAUUUGAGUAAUUUGUCGGGGGCCCUAUCGAAUCCACUUCUAACUUCGGCUGCGGCCAAUUUGCAGAGUGUCGGCCUUGGUAGUCUGUUGUCCUCUGCUGACAAUGCAAAUAGUGCUUUCAAUAAUCAGUCCACAUUCAAUACCAACACCUUUGCCAAUUCCAAUUCAUUCGGUAACUCUGGCAACGCCGGCUCUGGCUCAAACCCUAGUGGUCGUGACUUUGAUUUGUCCGGAUCCGGUGCUGUACGCAGUUACAGCUCAGCACCACAGGAUGACUUUCCCAAUCGCGGAUCAUUGUCGCUGUCUAACAGUUUCAGCGCACAAAACAGCUUGAGUUCCAGCAAUGUGAGGAAAUCUGAUACAAUCGUUAUCAAGAAUCUUCCACCAUCGUGCACAUGGCAAACUCUUCGGGAUAAAUUCCGUGAUAUUGGAGAGGUGAAAUUUGCCGAAAUUCGUGGGCAGGAUACCGGAGUUGUGCGUUUCUCCAAGGAACGUGAUGCAGAAUUAGCCAUCAAAUUGAUGGAUGGGGCACGUUUCGACAAUCAAUUGGUCUAUGUGUCGUUCUUUUAGAUUUUUUCGUGUGUGUAUAUUUCACACAAAUUUAGGAUUUAGCGAUUUCAGAGAUUUGUCCAUUACUUUUUUUUUUAGAGAGAUUUUUGUUUUUGAGGAGAGAGAAUUUGUGUCUCUGCAUUCGUUCUUAAGUUUUUCAUCGUAAUUUCCGAUGGUUGUAAUCUCGUCUGUCGAUUCCUAAUUAGCUCUCGUUGAACUAUUUCCUGUCAACAUAAAUUAUUGGAUUUUGAUGCUCCAUUUUAGAUUGGAUUAGGGGAAGAUGUGACGCGAUUACAGAAUAGAGAAAAGGAUUAAUUGAAAUAAGUGUAAAAUAGCAUCUUGCUAUUUUUAAUGUAUGAAAUAUAAUAAAUCAAUAAAUAUGACAACAUAA